AUCUACCGGAAUAUCAACCGUAGAAGAAGUCCAUUAACUUCCGGAUAACUCAAAUAUUAGCCGCAACUUUAAAAUGGCCUUAAGAUGAUUUCACCGUUAAAAAAAAAAAACACACACACUCUUAACUCGUUUUUCUUUUUGAUAUCCGAAGCAGACGUCGGACUCUGAGCGAGCCCGAGGAUGAAGGUGAAGAUCCGGCAGUGGAGCGGAGUGGCCUCCUGGUUGUGGGUGGCCAAUGAUGAAAACUGUGGGAUCUGCAGGAUGCCCUUCAAUGGCUGCUGUCCUGACUGCAAAGUGCCCGGGGACGACUGCCCGCUGGUCUGGGGUCAGUGCUCCCACUGUUUCCACAUGCACUGCAUCCUGAAGUGGCUGAACUCCCAGCAGGUCCAGCAGCAGUGCCCCAUGUGUCGCCAGGAGUGGAAGUUUAAAGAGUGAAGCUGCGUGCAUUCAGAUGCCUGUUCUCUUUUCUAUCAGCUGUAAAUACCUGUUUUUGUACCUCUGCGAUUCUAAUGCGGAUUCUGACCGUGUGAUUAAAUGAAUAAUAAUAAUAAUACAAAAAAAAA